AUGGAGUGUCCACAUCUUGCUCAAAGCGUCCAAUUCGGCGGUAACGACGUAGAAGCGAACUGUACGAAGGAUCUACCGUUCGUCUGUGCAGUAUGUGGCACCGAGAAGAGUACAUGGCUCUGUCUGUACUGCGGAACCGUUCACUGCGGACGAUACGUGGCAGGCCAUGCAUUACAGCAUCACGAAGAAAAUACUCAACACUGCAUAUGCAUGGACUGUGAGAACCUGGCAGUAUUCUGUUAUAUAUGCGACGAGUAUGUUAUUAACGACACGACGAACGGCCAAAUCGAGAAGAUACGUCGCGUUACCUUCCCCAAGCAUGAGCACAAAGAGAACGAGGAGAACUGGAACACGUCGCCGUCUACGACGCCGUCCUCGAGGAGGGAGAAUAGCAGCGACAACGACAACGACACGGACGCCCUGUGGAAGGCGGAAGUGGUCGUGAGGAACCUCCGACCGAGGACGGCGCGAAAGAGGCUACACUCGUUGGACGGCACGAGCGGAGACAAUCGGCCGGCGACCAAGCGUAGAAGCUCGAAGAUAACCAAAGAGAAGAAGGUCGUCGGCCUAAGAAACCUCGGCAACACCUGUUUUAUGAACGUCGUGUUGCAGUCGUUCAACAAUAUCAGCCAUUUUUGCGAGUAUCUUACACAGAUGCCAAGCCUUGAGGGCAUACCGUUCGAUGAGCCACCCACUCACAGAGGGCGAAUCGUCACGCCCGGUAGGGCAAAAGAGUUCAUGAGCGACGCCCUUCUCGCUGAAGAGCUCAGGAAAGUCCUGCUUGGGCUAAACCUAGGUGGCUCAAAUGGCCAGGCAAUCUCACCUGAGUGUCUCUUCCUCGUAAUUUGGAAAGUCGUACCAAGAUUUCGGGGAUACCAACAGCAAGACGCUCACGAGUUUCUCACCUAUAUGCUGGACAGAUUGCACACGGAGUUGCUGCAACUACUGCCCAGACUUGGACACGAACCCCUCGGUCUGCGCGGCAAGCAGAGUAUCGUCACAGCCGUGUUUGGAGGCACUCUUCUUAGCGUGGUCCACUGCAUGAACUGCCGUACAGAUUCCAAGACGCACGAGCCCUUCCAGGAUCUUUCACUGGACAUACCGGACAGAUUGCAGAGACGAACGAAAGAACAGGAAGAAGUCUGCAGUCUCACAUACAGUCUGACGAGAUUCUUCAAAGUCGAAGAACUGGCCGAUAGUGAACUGUACUUCUGUGACAAUUGCAUGGGAAAGCAGAGAUCCACCAAGAGGUUCUGGAUACACAGGCUGCCUAAUGUGUUGUGCCUUCACAUUAAAAGAUUUAGGUGGUGCAAUUCCUAUCGUUCGAAGGUGGAUACACAGGUGGAUUUCCCGAUGAAAUCACUUGAUAUGUCUGCAUUUACGGUACGCGGCAUGAGUGGAACAAAAUUGGGCGCUUCGAAUAGCCACCUGUACGACUUAGCCGCCGUUAUCGUGCACCACGGUUCAGGUGCUGGAACUGGACAUUACACUGCCUUCGCUGUUCACGAUGGACAAUGGUUUCACUUUAACGAUAGCUCUGUACGACCAGCAACCACGGACGCGGUCGCCAAGUGUAAACCUUAUAUUCUGUUUUACGUGCGGAAAGAGUUCUCCAUUCCACCCCCUUUGUGACGUCGUUUCCCCAGUCAGUCCCGUCCUGAUGGUACGAGCUUCGACGACGAUGACGAUGAGCGAACGAACAAGACGUAAGCGAAUUCGAAUACGAAUUUGAACGGUACAUAUGGUAAACGGCCAAAAGGAAGAAUCAGAAGACAC